CGCUGCACGUCUGCUUCGUCACGCCGUCCUUCCCCAUAGAGACGGCCAACCAGUUUGUCAUCCAGCUGAGGCCCGAGCUCCAGGACGCCCUGGUGGGAGUCAUCGAGCACUACGGUUGGACAAAGUUUGUCUACAUGUACAGCUCGGACUCAGGCCUGUCCGUGCUGCAGAAGGUUCUGGACACAGCAGCAGAGAAGAACUGGCUCGUGACUUCAGUCAACGUGGAGACCAUGACGAUGGCCUCCUUCCUGAAGGUGUUCCAGGAUCUGGACAAAGGGAAAGACGGACAGAUAAUCAUCGACUGUGAGACCAAGAGGCUCACUGGCAUCAUUGAAAAGAUUGUCGAGCAAAAAAAGAACGCUAAGAGCUACCACUACAUCCUCGCCAACCUGGGUUUCCUGGACAUUGACCUGACAGACCUGAGGAAAGGCGGCGCCAACAUCACCGGCUUCCAACUCGUCAACAAGUCUGAUCCCAGUGUGAGCCGCAUCGCCCAGCAGUGGAUGGAGUUUGAUAUAAAAGACAACAAAACCAAGACAGCACUCAAAUACACAGGUGCUCUGACGUAUGACGGCGUGAAAGUCAUGUCCACGGCCUUCCAGAAUCUGAGGAGACAGAGGAUAGACAUCUCGCGCCGGGGCAACGCUGGAGAGUGUCUGGCCAACCCACCAGCCCCUUGGGGACAGGGCAUAGACAUCCAGAGAGCCUUACAGCAGGUCCGCAUCGAUGGGUUGACGGGUCACAUUCAGUUCAACGAGAAAGGCCGCAGAACUAAUUACACUGUUAGUGUCAUGGAAUUGGCUCCUUCUGGACCCAAGCAGGUUGCCUACUGGAAUGAAGAGGAGAGAUACAUGACCACGGCUAGUUUCAUAAAGGCCAGUAAUGAGACCUAUGGACUUCAGAACAGGACGUAUAUAGUCACCACUAUUUUGGAGUCUCCGUAUGUGAUGACGAAGAAAAACCACGAGCAGCUCGUUGGGAACGAUAAGUAUGAAGGCUACAUUGUUGAGUUGGCUGCAGAGAUAGCCAAACAUGUGGGCUACCAGUACACACUGAAAAUCGUGUCCGACGGAAAAUAUGGAGCCAGAGACCCUGAAACCAAGAGGUGGAACGGCAUGGUUGGUGAACUGGUGUAUGGGAAAGCAGAUCUGGCUGUGGCUCCCCUCACCAUCACUCUUGUUCGCGAAGAAGUGAUCGACUUCUCUAAGCCUUUCAUGUCUUUGGGUAUUUCCAUCAUGAUCAAGAAGCCCACCAAAUCCAAACCGGGCGUGUUUUCCUUCCUGGACCCGCUGGCUUAUGAGAUUUGGAUGUGCAUCGUGUUCGCCUACAUCGGCGUCAGCGUCGUCCUCUUCCUCGUCAGCCGCUUCAGCCCGUACGAGUGGCACGCCGAGGACUGCGACGAGGCAUGCGAGCCACAGACGCCCACGCAGGCAGCGGCCUCCAACGGGGUGCAGCCGAGCCAGACGCCAACGCAGCAGAACACCAACCAGCAGAGUCUGGAACAGACCAACGAGUUUGGCAUCUUUAAUUCUCUUUGGUUUUCUCUGGGCGCCUUCAUGCAGCAGGGCUGCGAUAUCUCACCACGGUCCCUGUCCGGCCGCAUAGUGGGUGGAGUCUGGUGGUUCUUCACCCUCAUCAUCAUCUCCUCCUACACUGCCAACUUGGCUGCCUUCCUGACAGUGGAGAGGAUGGUGUCUCCUAUAGAGAGUGCUGAGGAUCUGGCUAAGCAGACAGAGAUUGCCUAUGGAACGUUAGAAGCAGGUUCCACCAAAGAGUUCUUCAGGAGCUCAAAAAUCGCCGUGUUCGAGAAGAUGUGGUCCUACAUGAAGUCGGCUGACCCAUCUGUGUUUGUAAAAACAACGGAUGAGGGAAUGAUGAGAGUCAGAAGGUCCAAGGGCAAGUACGCCUACCUGCUGGAGUCCACGAUGAACGAGUAUAUCGAGCAAAGGAAACCCUGCGACACCAUGAAGGUGGGGGGAAACCUGGACUCCAAAGGUUAUGGCAUCGCUACACCUAAGGGCUCCCCUCUCAGAAACCCAGUAAACCUGGCAGUGUUAAAAUUGAACGAGCAGGGCCUCUUGGACAAAUUGAAAAACAAGUGGUGGUACGACAAGGGCGAGUGCGGCAGCGGGGGCGGGGACUCCAAGGACAAGACGAGCGCUCUAAGCCUCAGCAACGUGGCCGGAGUUUUCUACAUCCUGAUUGGAGGCUUGGGCCUGGCCAUGCUGGUGGCACUGGUGGAGUUCUGCUACAAGUCCAGGACCGAGUCGCGCCGAAUGAAGCAAUCCAUCAACGACGCCAUGCGUUGCUCCACCUUGACCAGGAUGAGUGGCAAUGGAAGCGGAGGAGAGAACGGACGAAUCCUCACCCAUGACUUCCCCAAAACAGUUCAGACGCUGCCCUGUAUGAGCCACACUGCCAGCAUGGGACUGGGUGCCUCUGGCUGUGACCACCAUCAGACUGUGCUGGCAGCGACAGACUGGCAGGGUGGGGCAAAGGAGGAGCACAAGACUGAACCUCAUAAAGUCAUGGCUGUCUGGUUUGACCAAUCUGCUCUCCUGGCUGUCAAGGUGCCCAACUACAAAAUUUACUGCCAAAAUGCACUAUUGAACCGCUCCUGACAUACAAAGACUCCAUUUUUUUCUAAAACAAAUGGAUGUUUAAAAAGAGAUUUAGAGGGGAUAAAACGAAGAGGGAUAUGUGCUGCAAUAAAGAAGCCGUCAAUGCGRUAUGAUUUUGAGGUUGUUGUUUUUUUACAGUGUUCUUUCAUGUAAAAAAGAAAACUUUAUUCUUCAGUGUAACAACUGCGCUGUGCCAUUUUGAUGGAGCUGUUGACUUUCGUCUGCGUCUGCAAUACUCUCACUACAACUGCUGACAUCGUGCCACCUACACAUGCUUUCUGACUGGGGACGUGUCCUCGCAAAUGAGGAAGACAAACACUUGUGGCUGCUUCGAUGAUUUCUUUUUGGAACAUUUCCCACCGCCUUUUUUUUCGUUGACUCACCCUUUUACAAACACAUUCCAUUUUUUGACGUGCUCUGUUUGGCAGACCCCGUUUUUCUUUUUUUUUUUUUAUAAAGUUUUAAAGUGCUGCGAUAGAGCAGAGCCUGGUACGGAAGAGUUUGAUCGAUCGUCAACUGAAGGUUGUUGAAAACAGAAGCUSUCCUGGCCACAACAAAACACACAUUGCUGCUACGCUUGGUUUAACACGUCAUGCCUUGUCUGGUGCCACAAACACACGCAGGUAUACACUGUACCUCUGUUGCUUCUGAGACAUUGUUCACUCAGCAGGUUUUCUGAUUAGAGAAAAAGUCAAUGGGCAUAUUUAGAAAUGUCCAUKUUGAUCUGUAUGGGGGAACAAAUGAAGGGAACACUUUAGUUUUUGGCUAGCACUGAGGGACCUUACACUGUACUCCAUUGCUAAUGAAAUUCUGAGUAAAUCCAAAACUUGUGAGUCUUAUCCAAGAGCAGAGAUUAAAUUUUAUCUGRAGAAAAUCUUCCUUAUAUUUUUCCUUACUGUGGCUGUGUCAKUUCCCACACUCCUGUGACGUGUUGUCGUAGAUGUUAUUGAGGCCCUGUGCAUUGUGCAUGGGCUAUAAAAAGAAGGUAGGCCUCAUUUUAUUAGUGCUUGCUGAUGGUGGAAAAGAGACUGGGUCUGAUGCAGUUGGUGUGACUGACAGAUUCACCGCUUCUAUUUGUCUUGUUUGUUGAAGGCUGAGUUUAUAGUGAUCACUGUGCUUUUCAGGGAGUGCUCUGUUUCAUAUGUCAAGGAAAGAGAGAUCCAAAUUAGAGAUUCAGGUGAGAUGAGUGCAGGGGAGUAUAGAGUUGGUGGGCUAGAWUUGUCAAAGUACAGAAGAAAAUAUUUUAACACAGCUUUUACAGUUUGCAUUUCUAAUAGAUUUUUGUCAGUGAAUGAUUAACUCAUUAAAGAAAACCUGCAAGGAUGUAUUCAAAGUAACAAAGCCAUUGUUGUGUUUUGAUUGCAAAAAGUGUCCAAUUUGAAUUGCAGCCGGGGUCUUUCUAUGUGGAGUUUGCAUGCCGUCCUUGUGCCUGCCCAGAGACCUUAUCCGCAAUUCAAACACGUUGAAAUUGGGGAUAAUUGUGACGCUGUUCACUGUGUGCAUAUUUGUGUUGUGUCACUGUUCACCCUGUAAUAGACAAGCAACCGCCUCACACAGUGACAACUUGGGUAGGUUUGCACUUGACAAACAAUAUUAAUAAAAAAAAUCAAUAAUAAUACAAUUAAAGGUGAUCUUUAGAUUUUUGGAAGAUUUUAAAUAAUUUCACAAACUCCAGCUGUAAGGGUUUUAAUCAAGAAAAUACAAAAAUUGUAAUAAUGUAAUUUUUUGCGUGACUGCAUUUCUCUCAGAGGUUUAUUUUGAAUUAAUAGCAGAAACUGAGUAUAGAGUACUGAGCAAAGAACUGCCCUUUUUUCAURUUUUCUCACCAAAGAGUCAGACUUUCUUGAAAUCUUUGAAGGGAUGUUGAUGAGAAUUUCUUCAGGCUUUCUGGAGGGCUUUCAAAUAUGUUUUUUUAGGCCACUCAGUCAUAAGAAUAAUCAUUCAGGCUUAAAAAAAUGCUAUUAAAGACAAGGUUGACAGCCACUGUACUAUCUACUUAUAAAGAUACAAAUUGUAAAACUUGUCUGUUUGAGGCAUACUGUCUUCUGGUUAUUGCUGUCUCGGUCCUGAAAGCAUGAUCUGUUAAGCCAGUUCAUUUGUGCAUUAUCUUAAAACUACAGCAUAAAUAUGCUAUCAAUAAGUCCAAUAAAUAAUUUUCUAUGGUAUUUUAUUUUUUUCUGAGUAAAUUAUUAUUCAUUAAGGGAAUUAUAUUGUUUGAAAAUAGGUCCGUUCAUAGCAAGUAAUCUGCUUUGUAAAUCUAUUUUUAUUAAUAUAAGGAUGUUUUUUAUAUAUGCUAUAUUAAAACCUCAUACAGGAUAUAAUUUAGCACACUUUUAUUAUUAAGAAUAGAAAAAACUAUACUUUUUCCUAAAUUGAAUGCAUUAAUAGGUGAUUUGUAACUAUUUCUUUUAGCGCAUGUGCAAAUGAACUGACGAUACAGACGGUGCUUCCGAGACAUAUUGGAGAGUGACAAUGGCUGUGUCCAAAACGACAGGCCGGGUCCUCCGGAGGACCCAGAUUCCCCGGUCGCAGCGGGCCGGGUCC